CGCAAACUUGCGACAAUCCUGGGCCAUCGUUAAUUUUACCAUUACUCGUAAGAAAAGAUGUCAAUUGAAAAUCAGCUGUUUACUUGCAAUGAACCUAACACUACAUUUCGAGAGUCCAAUGUACAAGAUUUCACAAACUAGAAAGGUAACGAGCGCCACCUACCAAUGGUUUGCCAAACUGGUGUUUUCCCUUAUACCAUACAAUGAAGAUGACAGAGGACUCUUAUAUUUUCUGGCUCACAACUGCUCGAUGCUGCUAUGCACAGAAGAUGUCGCACAACCAAUUCAUGGUCGAUUCUCCAAGAAGUCGAAAUACUAAGUAUUUGCAGAGAAAACCAGUAAUGGUUUUCUAUCCGUAUAGAAAAACAGACCCAUAAAUCUUGGCAGUUCAUUUUACAAUAAGCUUCUUCCAUUCAUCACACGACUUAACGACGUGGAGCCAAAAUCGUUUCUCAUUGAGCACUGCUUUUAUAGUAUGAAGGAAAAUAUUUGCAGUUAAACAUGUAAUCAUAUAUACUGAGAACACCUACAUUUUUCCUCAAUAACCUAAAAAUCAUGUUGUGUCAAAAUUGUGUUGUUUCUGUAUUUCUUAUGCCGUUCC